AUGGCUCGCGCCGUUGCAUUUUACGCUCCCGAAGCCAAGCUUGACGAGGUCACUUCACAGAGCGUGAGGCAUCUUGGAGAGAAAAUCGCAGGGCAGUUCCCAAUCGCCUUCUCUUCUCUCUCAAUUUGGCAAACUGCUGGAAAAGGCGCAAGCGAGACCAGUGAUAUCUAUGACUCUGUGGGUGUUACUAUGGCAUCCACCAAUCUCCCGCCAAUCAUAAUGGAUCAUCUCUAUUCCAUGGAUGAUAAUCUUAAAGCAGGAGGGCCCCUUUUGCUACUCGAAGAAGCCCGUGAGAAUCCUGUUGUAGGUGACGAGCAUCCGCCUGAAACUACCCCCAUAGUUGAACCUGCCUCCAUAUCCAGUAAAGGUUGGUCAGAGUGGGUUGACCACGAGCUAUUGGACCCAUCUACUUGCGACAUUUUAAGCAGGGCACAGGUUCUUAACGCCAUUUUUCUUUCCAAGCUGUGGGACAUUCAUAUUGAGGCAAAGAUGCUCCGCCAUGUGGUCAGGAGGUGGAGCACAGCUACUCACACCUUUGACUACCUACAUGAACGAGUAUUCCCCUUGGCUUUGGCCAUAGCUCAAGGUGACAGGAUCCCCUUAGCCCCCAUGUUCCUGGGACACUUAUAUCAGCUACUUAAUCAGACUCAGCUUUUUGAGAAAAGCGCGGUGGGAACCAUGGGUGUGGAGACUCUCUUGAAUUCUAGUUUUUUGCAUGUGUUUUUAUGGGAAUGUCUGAAAGGACUGGAUGUAUACCCGCUUCCCUAUUCACGUGCUAUACAGCUUGCUAACUUGGGCAAUGGUUCCUUCAUGCCGGAUGGUCUCCUCUUAAUCUGCCGGUGGAUUAAGCGGAUGCAGAGGAAAGGCCAGAACUUCUUAAAGUUAUUGGAAAAUAUUGAAAACUUCAUUUUCCGUCCUUACGACGCCUUGGCAGAGGCUUUCACUUUCGUGCCCUUUUAUGCUGAUGUUGGUGAUACUGUUGAGGUUCCGACAGCGAUGUCGCAAAGCUGCCGUUUCAAAAAUCGCCACAUCGGGUUAGGGGACAGAUUGGGCUUGAUCAGGGAGUACCAACCAGUCCUAGCCAUAAUGACCCCUUUGUGCUACACAGGGCCUUUUGGAGCAAUAGUAAUACUGCCACCUACGACGACUCGCAUUGUUGGUUUGGUGUCAGAAGAGAAAGCCAUCCCUCUGAGUGAGAAACGCAACCUCCCCUUUAUUUCCAAACUUGGUGACAUUCGGAAGCGGGAAGAAAACCUUAGCAUAGGGAAAAGGCAAGCUGUCACUAAAGACACGAGGUUCAUUCCCAAAGUGGCCUCAACUGGUCCUCCUCGAGUUGAAGAAACAACUCCCCCGGGACGUCUACAGCCUUCAAAGUCCAUUCCAUCCGAGAGCCAGGAACGUGCUGGGACACUUAUACAAUCUUCAAACAUGCACAUCCUGCAGGCAAGAUUCACCAGUGCCCAUACAAGCAAUAGCAGAGCUUCCAGGGCUGGAACUGUGGUGACUAUUGAUGAUGAUACCAUCGAGACUGAGGCUAGUGCCCCGAAGCAAGAGGACGUUUGUGAUGUUAGUGACACGCAUGAGGAUCUUGAUGAGGACAACUACUAUGAUUGCGAUGAGGAUGCAUUCGUACACUCUGGUGCUUAUUCGGAAGCACAGGGUGGCUCAAAUAGCUCUCCUGAACUUGCCAGCAGCAGUGCAUGCCGUUUUAGCAUUGAACCGGUACUUGGCAUACCUUACAUCAUGUUCCCCUUCUAUUUCUUGUACUGCGAGCUGCCUGUUUAUCUUUCACCUUUACCUUGCAAGUUGCCAAUAUUACUGAGGACUCAGACCUUGCCGUCGCCAUCGUUGACUUUACGCAGGGCGCCCAAGAGGUAUCCCUUGUUUACUUCCCUUGUUCUUGCUUGCACUUGCUUGGUUAAGCAGUUGCCUUCUUUUUAA